GGCAUUUUAUAAUGCAAGAAUUUUAAUCAUUAAAAAAACUCAUCGAACAAAAAAAAUAAUAGCAAAGCAAUUCAUUAACAAUUUAAGAAUAAAAGUAGAAAAUUGAAUAAGAAAGACAAAGAUUAUUGUAGGAAUAACGUGAAAGGGAAAGAGAAAAAGUAUUUUAUUAUUACAUUAAAAUUAGCAUGAAAAGUUAGUAAAGAAACUGAAAAUGCAAGAUGAAUAUUACAAAACAAAGGACAUUGAAAGAGUGAAAAUAAAAAGAUUAGAUUAAUAAUGUAUAAACUCUGAACGUGAUAAAAUUUAAUAGGAUGAAAUCUAAAUACCUCAGGAUCUUCCACCGAUUGAAAAAAAGGAAGUACAAAAAAGACUAAGAGAUUUGGGAGAACCUAUUACAUAUUUUGGUGAAAGUGAUUGGCAAAGAUAUAAAAGAUUGAUGUAAUUUGUUUAAGAAAAGAAAGAAAAUCAUUAAAGGGAAUUAGAAAUCAAAGUAUUAGAAGGAGAAGAUAAAGAGGAAAUCAAAGUGUUUGUUAAUAAAAUUAAAGAAAGAAAUCUAGAUCCAAAUACUGCACUUGUUCCUGUAUUCUAAUGUAAAGGAAAAGAAGAAAUUGAAUAACAAUUAUUGGAUGGAGUAUCACUAUUGACAAGAUGUGAAGAUGUUUAUUUAUGGUGUAAAAAAAUGUUGAGAGAAUGGAACAUAAAGUUGUUGGAUAAAUUUAAUACAGAAACACUAAAAAGAAGUUUAGAAGGUUCUUAGGCAUUUAAUUCUUAUAAAUAAACAUUAGAUUAUAUAAAACCAUUAACAGAAUAAUUAUAGAAAGCCAAAAUGGUAUAAUCAAUUAAUGAAGAAAUCUUGAAUGCAUUAUAUCUUAUAAUAAGAUUUUGUGUAUAUAAAGAAUAUGUAAGAGCAUAUGAUAAAUAUUUGGAAUUAGCAAUUGGAAAUGCACCAUGGCGUAAAAAUAUAUUAUAAUAUAUUAGCUAUGGGUGUUACUAUGGUUGGUAUACAUGAAAGGACUGGUAGAUCAAAGAUAUCAAGUUCAUAAAUAGCUCAUAUUUUAAAUGAUGAAACUUAGAGAAAAUACAUACAAGCAAUAAAGAGAUUGAUUACAGUUUCAUAAAAGACUUAUCCAAGUAAUGAUCGUAGUAAAAUGGUCGAUUUUAGAACUGAGUAUGCAUGGUGA